AUGCAUUUUGAAGUGAUCAACUUGAUUCGUGACGAGAAGAAAAGCAACAAUACGUCCUGUAAAUAUCCAGAAAUGAUCACUUUCUUCCAUAUUUUCAAAAAUGGUGGUACAACGGUGCGAAAUGCGUUCAUGCAAGAACAGACCGCCUUGCCAUAUUUUGCAAAGAAACUCUUCACUGGAGUCCAAUUUCGAAUCGGUACAGUAAAAUUUCACACGCGCUUGAACAAUACCGUGAUGCGAUUGCUAGAUGGACAGCGGCAAAUAAGAAGACUGGGCGAGCCACAGAUGUUUUUCGGGUAUACUUUUCUUCGUGAACCAAUUUCCAGGUUUUUGUCGGGAAUGGGACAAGUUUUGCACAAGUAUAAUGACGGUAUUCUGGAUAAUGGUUUCGAAAUGGCAAGGUGUUUCUCGAUAGGGUAUCCUACAUCCGAAAUGCUGGAUUGUUCACUAGCAAAAUUGAUGCCAACUGUUGAUUCUGAACAAAGGUUGCAAAACUACAAAUACCUCGAUUUCCAUUUGCUUCCUCAAGCAUUUCUACUUCGUGACUUUACUGGUGAGCAAGAUAUAUCUAUCAUGGUGAUGGACAUGGCUCAUAUCCCCAGUGUCUUGAAUGUCCUGCUUCCCCAUCCAGCAGCUGAAGGAGGAGUAACCGAGCAAAUUCCUAAGGAUCGAAAAUUUUGGGGUCGAAAGUCUCGAAGUAAAGAUUAUACAGGUGGGCAUGAUCUAACAAACCCAGAAAUUCUUACCACUGAACAGAAAAGGAUGAUAUGUCUGCUCUAUCAAAUGGAUGUCAUGCUGCUUGCUCAAACGAAAGUUGUUCCAGACACACCUUGCUUCGAACUGUUGAAGUCGCUUUAG